AUCAGAGCGAGGCCACGCCCCCCCGGACAAGAUGGCGGCGCUGAGGGCGCUGCGGUGGCGGCGGCGCCUCCCGGGGCUCGUCCCGAGGCGGCUCCGGGGCACGGCCGAGUCCCCCGAGGAGCGGCCGCAGUUCCCGGGCGCCUCGGCCGCCUUCUCGGAUCACCUGGAGUUCAUCCAGCCCCAGGUGCUGGCCGGGAUCCCGGUGUACCGCGUGAUGGACCGGCAGGGCCAGGUGCUGCGCGCCAGCGAGGACCCCCAGCUGCCCAAGGAGGAGGUGCUGAAGCUCUACCGGACCAUGACUCUGCUCAACACCAUGGACCGGAUCCUCUACGAGUCCCAGCGCCAGGGCCGGAUCUCAUUCUACAUGACCAACUACGGCGAGGAGGGGACGCACGUGGGCAGCGCCGCCGCCCUCGACCCCAACGACCUCGUCUUCGGGCAGUACCGGGAGGCAGGUGUGCUGCUGUACCGCGGGUACCCGCUGGAGCUGUUCAUGGCUCAGUGCUACGGCAACGCGCGCGACCCCGGCAAGGGCCGGCAGAUGCCGGUGCACUACGGCUGCGCCGAGCGGCACUUCGUCACCAUCUCCUCCCCGCUGGCCACGCAGAUCCCGCAAGCGGUGGGCGCUGCCUACGCCAUCAAGCGCGCGGACGCCAGCCGGGCCGUGGUCUGUUAUUUCGGGGAGGGGGCGGCCAGCGAGGGCGACGCUCACGCCGGGUUCAACUUCGCCGCCACCUUGGAGUGUCCCAUCGUCUUCUUCUGCCGCAACAACGGCUACGCCAUCUCCACGCCCACCGCCGAGCAGUACCGCGGCGACGGCAUCGCGGCGCGGGGUCCCGGCUACGGGCUGCUGUCGAUCCGCGUGGACGGCAACGACGUCUUCGCCGUGUUCAACGCCACGCGGGAGGCGCGGCGCCGCGCCGUGGCCGAGAACCAGCCCUUCCUCAUCGAGGCCAUGACCUACCGAAUCGGACACCACAGCACGAGUGACGACAGCUCCGCGUACCGCUCGGUGGACGAGGUGAAUUAUUGGGACAAGCAGGACCACCCGAUCUCGCGGCUGCGCCUCUUCCUGGAGCGCCGCGCGUGGUGGGACGAGCGGCAGGAGCGCGACUGGAGGAAGAGCUCGCGGAAAAUGGUGCUGGAGGCCUUCGAGCAGGCGGAGCGGGAGCCGAAGCCGCCGCCGCGCCUCCUCUUCUCCGACGUUUACCGGGAGAUGCCCCCGAGGCUGCGGCGGCAGCGGGAGGAGCUGGAGCGGCACCUGGAGACCUACGGGGAGCACUACCCGCUGCAGCACUUCCAGAAGUGAUCCCGGAAAACGGGAAUUCCCGGGAAAUCCGGCAUUCCCCAGCACCCGCUGCAGCACUUCCAGAAGUGAGCCCGAAAAACGGGAAUUCCCGGGAAAUCAGCAUUCCCCAGCACCCGCUGCAGCACUUCCAGAAGUGAGCGGAUCCCGAAAAACGGGAAUUCCCGGGAAAUCCGGCAUUGCCGAGCACCCACUGCUGCUGCUGCCAAAAUCCGCCCCGAAUCCGCCCCAAAUUCACCCCGAAUUCACCCCAAAUUCACCCUAAAUCCGCCCCAAAUUCACCCUAAAUUCACCCUAAAUCUGCCCCAAAUUCACCCUAAAUCCGUUCCCAAAUCUGCCCCAAAUUCACUCUAAAUCUGCCCCAAAUUCACCCUAAAUUCACCCUAAAUCUGUUCCCAAAUCUGCUCCCAAAUCUGCCCCAAAUUCACCCUAAAUCCAUUCCCAAAUUCACCCUAAAUCCGUUCCCAAAUCCCUCCUGGAGACCCCCGGGGGCACCGCCCGCUCCAGCAGGUCCAGAAGUGACCGGGAAUUCCCUAAAAAGUCCCGGGAAUUCCCUAAAAAGUCCCAGGAAUUCUCUAAAAAAUCCUGGGAAUGCCUUAAAAAACCACGGGAAUUCCCUAAAAAAAUCCUGGGAAUGCCUUAAAAAAUCCUGGGAAUUCCCUAAAAACCCUGAGAUUCUGUGCUGCCUCCCAAAUCUGCCCCAAAUUCUCCCAAAUCUGCCCCAAAUCCCACCUGGAGACCCCCGGGGGCCUUUCCCGCCCCGGCAAUUCCAGAAAUUCCUGGAAUUUCCGUGAAUUCCCUAAAACCCCCCCGGAAUUGCCCGAAAAUCCCCCCAAUAAACGGAAUUUCAGAGA